AUGGCUGAAGACUCUCAUCCAGCAUACCUGUCGCCCAGCGAGCUGGGCACAAAAGACUACUGGGAGUCCUACUACGCACGCACACUAGCCCACAUCUCUCACGACACACCCACCUCCAAUGCGCAAGACCAAGACAAAGACGAUGCCUCGACAACGUCCGACCUAAACGACGAAGACGACCCGGGUACAUCGUGGUUCUCAGAACACAACGCCCCGCAAAAAGUCCUCCAUUUCCUAACGCGCAAGUCCUUCCCCCUGUCGCCGCGCAACACGCGCAAGCAGCCGCAGCCCAGCGUCCUCGAUCUCGGGACCGGCAAUGGGAGUAUGCUCGCAUUGCUGAGGAAGAAGGGCGGGUACAGCGGACGACUUGUUGGCGUUGAUUACUCGCGGCAGAGUGUUGAGCUUGCGCGGGAGUUGCAGCGUGUUAGGGGGCAUUCUGCUUAUCGGAGUGAUUCUGAGGAUGAGGACGAAGAAGAAGAAGAAGAAGAAGAGGGAGAGGAUGGGGAAGACAAGGCGGGGAUAGGUGCUGGUUCUGAUGUCAAGGAAAAUCCCAUCCAGUUUGAAGAGUGGGAUAUCCUCGGGUCCAAGGCGCUGCUUUCAGAGACGGGGGUUGAGAUACACCCCUCCGAGACUGAUGAGACUAUCCCCUGGUUUCCGUAUCAGCAGGGUGGGUUCGAUAUCGUGCUUGAUAAGGGCACGUUCGACGCGGUCUCGCUGGCGGAUGAUGCGAAGACUAGUCGGGUCUGCGAGCGGUAUCCGGAUAUUGCGAGGCGGUUGGUGCGUCGUGGCGGGUUCUUGAUUGUUACUACGUGCAACUGGACGGAAGAGGAGCUUGUGCAUUGGUUUACUGGGGGUCGGAACGAUGGGGAUAGGUUGGGGGUUUGGGGUCGUGUUGAGUAUCCCCGGUUCCGGUUUGGGGGACAUGAGGGACAGGGUGUCUGUACUGUUUGUUUCCAGAGGCUUGGGGAUAAUGCUUAG